AUGUUUCACUGUUCCCUAUCAAAAUAUCGGUAUAUUUUAAUGAUACUUUAUAGCAUUAUGAUAAUAAAGUCAAACUUUUUUAACUAGAACUUUAUUAAAUCGAAAUCUUUGAUAUUUCGAACUUUUUCCGCGGUCCCUGGAAUUUUCUAUUUAAACGAUUUAAAAAAAUUUCGAAUAUUUCGUGGUUAACUAGAAAUUUCAAUUUUAUUAUGAUUAUACCUUAUAAUUCGGGUUAUUCUCAUGUGUAUGUACAUCUACGAUCGAAAGUAAAUUUUGUUUGUAUUAUGGGUUAUUGACACAGUUUAUGUAACUAAUUUACUUCUGGGUAAUACCACACGAUAUUCGUUCACUUACGUAUACACUUUAGUGCUCCGUUACGUAUCAAUGUUAACGAUUUUAAGAUAAUGAUUGUUUGUGAUAUCAGUAUUAAAACCAAUAAUAUUAAAAUAAAACGAAAAAUCGAUAAUUCGAACUUUUUUUCGGUUCUUUCAACUUCGAGUAAACUAUAAGUCCGACUUUACCGUAAUUUCAUGUUAACGUUUUUGAGCAUUAGCGGGGCGUCACUCUUCUACUUCAAAAUUUAACCUUCCCGACAUAGUAUUUAGCAUUUCUGUUUUCUAUUUCCAUUUCAGGUUGUCACUUAAUCGAGAUGUUAGCUCAGACAUUGAACUUAACUGUCUUAUAUAAAAGUACGAAAAUUAAAAAUGAGAUUAUGUAAAAAUGUUUGCAAGAAUAUAAGACAAGAAACGAUAGGCACUAAAGGAAACUAUUGAAUAGCGAUAAAAAUAAACGAGGUGUAGUAGACUAUUGUCAAGUUAACGAGAAACGGUACCCAAUGGUACGUGAUUAAACUCGAAAUGAGAAUUUUGUUUAUGAAUACAUGAGCUUUUAUCGUUUACUAUUUACUAUUUUUGGUUAGUUUAGUUAAAUGAUGUUUAUUGAAUGACUAUACAAAAUCAAGCCGGCCGUGAAUAUAUUUUAUGUAAAAACGAAGUCGAUUUACUCAACGAAACACUCACGCGUAUAAUUGUUCAAUUAAAUUGUCUGCUGACGUUUGUAUAUAUCGCGUGGAAUCAGUGAGUCUUUAUAAAAGAUCGAAUAUAUAAUGAUGAGUGAUAUAUAAUAAUGCUCUGUCAAAGUGCCCAGUGUAUAAAAAUUAUUUUCGAACACUCCGGUAUUGGCUAUUAUAAAAUUGUGUUGCCUAUAAAAUAAACUAACUUCAAAUACGUACAAUUUCAUUUGACUAUCGAUUUAUUCUAUAUUUACAUUCAAAAAAUUGAAUUAUUUUUGUAAAAGUGUAAAAUAAAUUUAAUAAUUAGAAUAUCCCGAUAAAACGUAACAAAACGAUAAUUUAUUCAAUAAAAUCAUGUAUAAAUUAUAAGUUUUUUUUUAUAUAUAAAGUUUAGGUGAGUAUCUAAAUCAUGAUAAUAUUGUUUAUUAAUUUCGGUUGAUUGAUACAUUGAGGUUUUACAGGAUGUUAUUUAUACCUAUACUUUUUAUAAUACAAUAAUAAAACAAAAGUUAAAAACCUGUACGUGCUAACUAUAAAGUAAAUCGGAUUACGGACCUGUGAAAUAUAAGUGUGUACUUUGUCGAUAUUUAAGUAGAAAUUACCGCCGCACCGUGUAUAAAUUACUUAAUAUAAAAAAUUAUUAUUAUUAUUAUUAUUAUUACACGUAAAAUAUGUUGGAAUUCUAAUCAGUUAUAUCAAUCAUAUCCUUCUGGCAAAAUAGUUUAUUUUUUUAUUUUUCUACGAACAACUUUUAUACCAGAAAUCUUGAUCCGAUUUUCAAGUAUAGCACAUUUUAGCAAACAUAAGAAAGUAUGUGUGUAAAAAUUAAAUAUAGGUUAUCAGAUAAAAUAUAAAUCUAAAAUAGUAACUGAUAUUUUAAACCAUUCUUAUUCGCUAAAUUAAUGAAACAAUAUGAUUUCCAUCCAAAUUGCACUUCUUCUACGCUUCCCUAUAAAGUUACUUAUCUAUAAACCUACACUCUGCAGUAAUAAUUUUUCACACUAAUUUCGACCAUCCGUUAAACCCCUAGGUGUAAGGGAUUUAAUUUCUAAAAUCAAUCAAUUAUCGUAUCAUUGGCCUGUGCGAUAAUUAAUUAUAUUUUUAUUCUCAGCAUCAUGGAACCUGUUGAUGUACUUUAGUUAUAAUAUGAACACAAUUUAUUCAUCCUUUUUUUUUUAAAUAGUUGGAAUACUUUGUAGGUAUGCAAAUGUUAUAAUAUUAUAUUUUAAGAUAGACAACUUUAAAACAAUUUUCGCAUUAAUAUGAUUGUCUAUAAACGAUUUACGUUUUGUUGGUUAAACAAUAUCUUUUAUUAAACAAAAAAUAAAAUAUUUUUUAAAGGUUUACAAAAUUUGACCAUUAUUUUUUCAUCAAAAUAAAAAAAAUAAAGUCUAAGUACAUUUCUUCGCAGAAUACCGCGACCGUGGGUUCACACGGCAACUUUACUAUAAUAACGGCUACCAAAUAAUAAUCCUUUAGUGAAGUUUUACUAUAAAAAAAAAGUUUUAUUUGAAACUUUUAAAAAUAAUUUAAGAAUAAGUAAUGAGAUCAUAAAAAUUAUGCGUAUAUAACUGUAUUAUUUAUGACAUAAUUAAAAAAUUAGAAAAUUUAAAAAAAAUAUACUAUUUGUUUCUCGUCGCAAUAAUAUCAUUGCAAUGAAAUAAUACAAUCUUCUUUUACCGGCAAUAUUUUUUUUAAAAUGUGUUAUUGAAAUAUGAUUAUUGUAAGUAUAUAAACAGUAUAUAACUGUAUAUAAAAUUAUGUAAAUAUAAAUUCGUAAGGAGCAGAUUUCUGUCACUAAAGUCAAACUUUCCUCCACAGCUGUUUUUUUGCCGUCACUUAAAUAGUGUUUGGAGGUAUUUAAACCAGAUAAAAAUAUAAAGCUUAAAGGUAAAAAUAGUAGGGGUAAGAGUUAUAAGUUAAGGUUCUCAAAGAGUAUAUCAUUGAUUUAUACUAACGCUAAACGUAUACAAAAUUGCAUCCCCUGGUUUUAUUAGGAUGGCCUGUAGCCUGAAGGAGUGUUCAAAGCUAACAAACUGAAGCAAAUUUUGAUUUGGUUUAAUAUGGAUAAAAAUGUCUUUAUUCACUUUAUUUAGCGUUUAAAAUUCAAUUUAACGUUAAAAUCCGUUUAAAACACGAUCAAUAAUAAAUUUAACUGUGACCGAGAAUUGCUCGAGAAUUUGUGUGUUUUUUUUUUUAACCAUUAUAUAAUUGGGUAGCUGCUCCAUAAUAUCGUUUAUACCAAUACACUAACCUAUGCGCUAUUAUAAUAUUAUCGUGCCAAACACCUUGAACACAUUCGAUAAAAUAUUAUAAUUUUAUCGUGCAAACCGUUUUCCUCCAUUAUACUGUCGCCACGUACAGCGGGUAAUCCGCAGUUGGUAAUAAUUCGGUGGAUCGUUUUUAUUAUGAUAAAAAUAAGAAAAACAAACAAAAAAGUUAUAACCGACGGAGGUAGUAAUAAAAUAUUGUUGAGCGUGGUUUUUUUUUUACUCGAGCGUUAUCGCCUUCAUGAUAACGUAUUCAAAUAAUAAAACAAAUCCAUACACACUCCACAAACACAUGAAAUAAUACGUACGUAAAAAUUGUUCGAAAAACGAACUAUUUUUCAAUUAAUUUGCUCUUUUUUUAUUAUUAUUAGGUAGGUAGAUUCCUAUGAUUAACAUGUUAUGGUCCCUAUUUUUUCCUUGGACUUUCACGAUACUGGGUAAUGGAUAAUUUGAACUCGAUAAGUUCAUUUUUUUUAAGGAGCUAGUUCAGAUGUUUCAUACUGUUAUGAGUAAGAAGUUGGGAAGUUAGGUUAUGAUUGCUAUUUAAUUUAAAACUACAUACGUAGGUAAUGAUCAUCAUCCAUUGCAAAGUAAAAAUGAUUCUGAACAACGUUCUGUUGAGCUAGCUUUAAAAAAAAAAUAUGAGUAUUCUGUGAAAAUAUCAGAUCUCUAUGAUUGUACUUAUCAAGUUGCAAAGAAAAAAUUAAAAAGAAUAUAACGGAAUCUUCUUUACGUUUUCCAAAUUAUUAAUAAAACCAAUGAAAACAUGAAAAAAUAUCCUCAAUAAAAUGUAUUUAUAGAUAGAACAAAAACACAUCAUAAUGAAACCAAUAGGUACAUGUCUUACUGUAUUUUCAUUUAAAAUCCUCUGAAAUAAUUACUGGUUCAUGAGAAAAAAAUCACCCUGUAUACAUUCGCUGGUAUGGUUAACCAUACAGUUUAACCUAUAUAGUUAUAUUAUACAGUAUGUCGCGUAAACCGAAGUCCAUAAUAUUUGAACACACGUCGAACAGUCGAAAACAACAAUACGUACCUAAUCGUAUUAUUGUUAUUAUUAAUUGGGUGCAAUAGUUUUGUAACAUUAUUCUUAAACUGCAGAGAUCAUCCGCCGUAGUCAGUCGUCGUGUUUUUUCUUUUUCGAUUGCUGUAACUCCGUGAUUAUAACAUUAUUAUAUUCGACCGCACAAUGAGCACUAACAGGUAUAAACGAAUACGAUUUCGCGCAUCGCAGUGUUAUUAUAGUUUGCUAAUAAAACGAAAAACGUUAUUAUCAUUUGUUAUUGUUCUAUAGAAAAAAUUAUCUUCAAUUCGAUGCCGCCUCCACGGCUGUAAACGACGACGCAGACGAGAACUGUUCAGUUAUCGGCAGCAAAAAUAACGAACCGCAAACUGUGAACUAUGGCAGUACAUUAGUUACCGGUAGGAACCACAAAAUAUCGAUAACGUCAUUUUAUUUAAGACGCGUCUGAUGGGUAAAGUUGUAAAGUACACAUCAGAGGACGUUAAGGUGUCGACCGCAACCCUUUGAAUACAUAUGGUAGAUUAGUGAUUUCUAUUAAUGGCAGCAUGAACUUUUUUAUUUCAUGAGGCAAACAUAGAUGCUAGACGUUGAUCACAACCACUAAGUAUUAACACUAGUUAUUAAAGAGAGUCGUGGGGACAAAGCCCCCAAGCCCUUCCCCUCUUCCCUAAUUUACCUUUUUACAACUAUAUGCUUUAAGUCAUGAUGUUUUUAUAUUUUAUGAAUAUUAACAGUUAACAAAAUUGGGCAAAAAGUGGGUAUACUUACAGAUAUUUUUACGUUUGACGCACUUGUGAAAUAUUCAUUGUGCGCUAAUGCUAAAUACUAGGAAUACGCACUCAUAUUAUAUUAUGGACUGUGUUUGAGUAUUUUCGAUUCAUCGCGGUCUUAUCUUCAAUAUUUUAUAGGUACUCAGAGUAAACAAGAUAAAAAAUCAUAUACGUGCAUGAAAUUGUAUAACAUAUUUGUUUAGUUUCCUUUUCGAUAUUUAUUGUCGUCUAAAACAUUGGGUUUACGGUCAUACAAUUAUAAUAUUAUUGUUAUAAUUAUGGAAACAGAGGUUGAUUAGAAUAUUUAGAUAGAAUUAACUAACAAAAUACAUGAAACAAGUAGUUGGUCGCUGUUGAUAAAUAAUUAGGUUUUUUACAUUCAUAUAAAAUGUUCAAUACAAAUUAUUUUAAUACGACACGUAAGUUACAAUUAUUAAAAAAAAAGAAGCAAAAACCGAAACAUAACUGUUACUCUAUUUUUUUAACAAUAUUUUGGAGAAAAAUGAAACGCGAUGAAAAUAAUCUAUUCGUUGAUUAGGAAAGAAGAUUAAAAGUGGUAGGAUAAAUCAUUGCAAACGUCAAACAAUUCCGAACAAAGUUCUGUUAAAUAUGUUAUAAUAGUUUUAAUAUGGACAUUGUAUUAAUACAUUUUUAACUUGAAAAUAAAUUACAACUGUCCGUGUCCUUUUUUCAUCUCAAAUUUUUGAGAAUUUGUGUGAGACCAAACAAGUUAAAUAAAUCGGAAAAUAGCUGCUAGCAUGUCAGUACCAAUUUUGUUUAACUAUUGAAUAUAUUGAAAUAAAUCUACGACUAUACUUUACAUAUUGUUAGUCGGUUCAUUUACAAUUGACUCUAUUUACAUUUUAUAUCUGACGACUGGCUGAAAAAAUGUCUUUUUUUUACAUUGUAAAACACACAUACACAUUUUUACACAUGUACAUUUUAUUUAACUUUUUAUAAAUCAAUCAACAUAAAUCAAAAAGUACGUAAAUAUAUACAGAUACCUAUGAAAACAUGUCAUUUUUCGGGCUUUCCGCGUACUUAUAUGUAAUCUGUUUUUUUUUUUUUUUAACAAUGGCCAAUAUUAUUUUAAAAUGAUAUAUAUAAGAUAUUCUCUUACAAUCAUUUUAAAAUAAUUGUAAGAGAAUUACUUAUGAAUAAUAUAAAGAAUAAUUAUCUAAAUUUGUCAAGGAUCAGACUUUUCAUACUGCCAUAAUGUAUAUUAUUGUACACGAAUAAAGUGAACUCAAAUCGGGGUUCAACUCAUUAAGCUUUAUUUACAUUUAGAAACUAAUAACAACAAUCAUAUUGAUUUGUUCAAUUGAACCACUUCACUUACAAUAUUUCGUUAAUAUAUUGUUUUAAUACGCAAUGGAACAGAUUGUUAAAAAGUGUAUUCAAUUAAAAUCCUCUAUACUCAGAUGUACCCGACCAGCCUGAUUAAAAAACAGCAUUAAUUUAUUACUGUUGAUAGUAGUUUAUAGUAUUAUUUCCAUUUGCUUAAAAACGAUAUUAUUACAAUCAUCUGUAUUGCAAAAUGCAGUGUUAUCAAAAUACAAUUAUAGGUAUUCUAGAUUCCAAGAAAAGUUUUGAUAAGUCAUUUUUUUAUGUAUUUUUAGAUAGCACGUUUCGGAACAAUAAACAAUUAUUAUAAUAAAAAUGCAAUAAUUAUAUUCUAUUUCUGCAUAGUUAAAAAUAUAUAGUCGUAUCAAACUAUCGAUGAUAUAAAAGAAUCAUUGAAAUCGAUAUUCUGAAAUCGGAACUAUUGUAAUAGUUUAGCAUAACAAUGAAAUAUCUGUAAUCGUAAUUAAUAAUAAUUAUCAACUUAGUUUGGGUUUUGCAGUAAUUGCGCGCGUUUUGUUUACUUUAUAUUAUUAUAUAUUUCUUUAAAAAAGUUUUUUAAAAAUAAGCGAAUUUCGCAACAAAGCAAUGCAUAUUAUUCCAACUAAUUUUUUCUAUAAAUACCUAACUAAUAAUUUACCGUGUUGUAACUUUGUAAUUUAUUCAAGUUACUUAAUCACGGCGGUAUAAGUUACAGCACAGUUAUAUAUAAAAAAAAUGUUAAAACUUUGCUGUUUUUCCGACGUUAUUUCUAAUUAUUAUAUAAUAUAGUGAAUUUUCAUAAGGAUUUAUUUUCUGUACUACAUGCAACCUAUUUUUGAUAAAUGAUAAUAUAAUAUUGGACGAAAUUAAUUUCCACUUAUGUCCAAUUGAAAACGGCCAAUAAAUAUAUACAUUCGUCUUUACGGAUCGUUGAGAAACAUAUUUUAAUGUGUUCAUAAGUCUGAUUAGAUUCUUAUUAAUUAUUUUGUUUUGUGUUCAAUAAUAUAUGCACGGAGAAAAGAGAAAAAACGAAUUGUUCGGUUAGAUUAAAUUUUUUACACGCUAUUGAUUCUCAAAGUCCUGAUCGUUUUAUACCAAGGGUCGAGGUUAAGUACUUAGAUUUCCGAUUAGGUUAUGGAAAAAACCUAUUACAAAAAAAAAAUUGUUGUUUUAUUUUUUAUUUUUAUUGAUUGAAUAGUUUUAAAAACGAUGAUAAUAAUAUUAUUAUUACCUAUUGUACGGAAAACCAUUUUAAAUUAUUGUACUAGAUUUAUUCGUCAGAUGUUUCAUAUUUUAUUAUUUAAACAUUAAAAUAGGUACUACGCUAAUUUUCUCAGUCAAAUUAUUUGUUUUCGAUCGCGUUUGGUAUUUAUUUUUUUUUUUAUUUAUCUUGAUUGUUUAUUUUUUAUUUUUUUAUACUUUUUAACUAGGACUUAGGCUUUUUUUGUUAGUUUUGUGUAGAAUAUUUUUUUUUUUGGAAUUUCUCAACAAACAAUUAACUAUUUUAAACAAGCGGUUGGAAAAAAAAACAGAACAAAACCUUGUUACUUUAUCCUAAUAGAAAAUAUAAUUAUAAUAAUCGAAUUCGUCUAUUCGAGACUUAAAGUUUAAUCGGUUAUUUAUUUAAUUAAUGUUUAGACGUAACGUUAAUAAUUUUCUAAGAAUAAAGAAUAAUUUUUUGAGUAUCUACAUACCUGCAUACAUAUCAUAUAAUACUUUAAUUACCUAUAUUUUGCAGUUUUACAGAUUUUUAAAUAUGUACAGACUUUCUGAUGUUCGCAGCACGUUUUAUAUUAGCUAUUAGAAUAUAUAAAGUUUGAAAGAGUUUAGGAUAAAUCUUUGUAUUAAAUAUUUGUUUUAACACCUCUUGUCAUAAUAUAUUAUUAUUUUCGUUGUAAUAAAUAUUUUCAAGGUCGCAAAUAAUAAUAAAUCCCAAUAAACACAUUAAUAUUGAUUUAUAUAUUUAAAUUGGCUAACUUUAUAUUUAUCUUAUCAAUACGGGAUUGCUAAAAAAACGAUUAUAUUAUUUACGUUUAAGAUGAUUAGUGGGUAAAAUAAUUAAUUGAUACAUUUUUCCUAACACAAUAUUUUUUUAAAUAAAUUAUAUGAAAUCUUGUUACCCAAUGCAACUAUCCAUAAGUAUACAUCAAAAUAACAAAGAUGUAAAAAAAAACAACAACAAAGAGUUAGUAAUCUUUAUGAAGGCAUGUGAAUAAUCUUAUAAAUAUGAUUACCUACUUAAUAUGCACCUGUAUAAUAUAUUUAAGUUUAGUAAGUACGAUUGUGUGAAAUUGGUUCUUUUUUUUUGUCAAGAUCAAAUAAGCGUACACGGUAUAAUACGACUAAAAGUAAAACUUUUUUAUUGAAGUGCUUUGUUAUUAUUUGGUACAUGAUUAAGUAGUGUUGUUGAAAUAGUUUCUUGAUUCCGAACUCGAUUUUAUUCGUUUAUAUAGUGCGAAUUCAUAAUAGAACCUACGUUUGACGGUUGUAAAAAACCAUUAGAACCUAACCAAAUUAUAUAUACCUAUAAAGUAUAAUAAAUAUAUUAUAUAGUCAAUAUAGAACAGAUUUCAGAAGAGGAACUUACACACACUCGUAUUAUACCUGUUCGUUUAAAUAGUCAAUAAUCGGUAAUUCGGUUUAGAAAACGUAAGUACAGACUAAUGCGUGUGUGGUCGAUUUAAGAGGGUUUUUCGAGUGUGUAACGAAUACGUAUGAUGAUAUUGACCGACGGUUAUCGACGACUUUCUAAAAGUUUAAUAGCCAACGCCACCGGAUUUAUUUUUGUAGGGCUAGCACCCUCGACAUGAUGGCGUAUUUUGUGGGGCGGAGGACUACAGGGGUAUUUCCUCCCUCGUGGAAAACUAAUUUUUAGUGUAAUUUCGCUUAUUUCAUAUUAUUAUAAUACUUCAAUUCUUCCUCUUAUUCGAUAGUCAGUUGUCGUAUGUUAAGUGAUGAUCAUCACACUAGACACAUUUCAGCGUGAAACUAUCAGUACAACAAUAAUAAAAUUUCGACUUAUUUAAAAGAUUGCAAUAAUUAUCGAGCGUUUUAAAACACAAAAUCGUCGUAUUUCAAGUAGGCGUUGAACACGAACAUGUUCGUAUAUUGUUUUAAGACGUAUCUAUUAUGGUAAAAUUCGAUGCGCCUGUUAUUAUGUUUAAAAUAUUCUUAAGAUACUAAUAUAAUUAGGUGUUUUCUAUAAUUCCAACGCGAUUUAUCGAUGCUCUUAUUGAAUUUUCGCCACUGGUUCGUUGUUAAAACGUAAAACACUUCGGUCUUGAUCGCAGCAUAUCAAAAUUAACUAUCAUCGUUAUUAAUCAUCAUUCAAAUAUAAUCAUAUUAUUUGUUUCGUGGUCUGUCACCGCCCAUCGCCUCUACUGGCCCCCUCCCCAUACAUCAGCCGUUGGUACUUACGCGACGCCUUGUGAUUUCACGAUUUCAUUAGUAAGCGCACACGCCGCCGCCACGAAUCAUGACUGUUCCAAGUUUCGCGAGUGCUUAUCAAAAAUAAUUAUACCAUAAUCGUUUUACAAAGUGUUUUUUAAACGGGUUUUUUUUUUCUUUUUACAUCGCCAAUUUGCUGUUUGGUUUUUGUUCUCGCACACAGGUGUCAUCAUGAGGGACCGCCCGGCAGCGGUUGCAUCAGUACUGGAAACACAAACACAAAACGGCUCCGGCCGCCAUCGCGUGAGGUUCAUCAGCGACAAUAACGACACUGGCGUCCGGUGGCUGUUGGACCGGUUAGAUGGUCGGUGGCCUGCCACCGCGGCCCACGCGGUCGCCGUAUUGUUGGCUGUCUUGGUCUUCUGGUACCUGUUGCGCGUUAAUGUGAACCCGUCACUGAUGGCCGUGCCGGGCGGCAGUGUGGCCUCGCUGUUUAUGCUGUACUUGGUCAGCAUGGUUGCAGCCCGGGCCAUGGGUGCCAUCAAUGGCAUGCCACCGCUGCUCGGCAUGAUGGUGGCGGGGAUCGCUCUGCAGAACUGCGGUCUGUACACCGUUACAGUGGACUGGUGCAUCGAACUGGUGGUCAUAUUGCGGUUCGUUCCCCCCUCUUUCAUCACUAACCUAACCGAACUUAACUUAUUACUCUCCCUAUUCUUCCUAAUGAAAAAUUUCCGUCGAUACCACGUGCGAUUAGGCUGCAUCCGAGUUCCGUCCCAAAAAUAAAAAUUUAAUUUAACGGUAUACCAAAUCGGUCCCGGGUUUUUUAAAUAUUUAAAUGAUGUACUUAUUUCGUCCAUUUACAUUUGGCAUCAUUUAUAAAUUAUAUGUUUUGUAAGUUUAACCUUUAACCAAUCGGUUAUACUUAAAAUUUAGAUUUAUAUGAAAUGUAUCACUACGAUAACAAUAUCAAUAAUAAUAUAUAGAAAUUAUUUAGAAAUUAAAUUAACAUUGAUUUCAUAAACUUUACAGUCGUUAUUUGAGCUUGCCCGUGCUGGUAAAAUAAUAAUUUAAAUUAAAAAUGGAUAGUAUAAUAAUAGUAAGGUAUAAUAUAAAUUAUGAAAAUGAAUAAAAAUUGUUUGUUAUCAUAAAGAAAUAAAAAAAAUGUUGAACACUGGAAGUGCAUUAUUAUAGGUAAAGUAUAUUAAUACGUACAUAGUAAUAGUAUAAAUUUUUUUUUAUUUAACAUAUCAUAAUAAACAAGUACAAGUAAAAGUUUAUAUUUAGAUUAAUUUACUCCUUUAAACAUAACUUUUGGUGGGGUAAGUAAGUUAAUUAUUAACAAACUUUAAAAAUAAAAAAAAAAACAAAACUUAAAUAAGAUAGAUAUUAAUAUGAAUUAAAUUAAAAUUUCUAUAUAUGCAAAUAAAUAAAUAAUAAUAAUAAAAAAAUUAAUUUCUAAAUAACAAACACUAUAAUUUUUAAACCAGGUGGUUUAAAAAUUAAGAUUUUCUAUUGGAUAACUAAAUAGAAUCUUUUUAUUACAGUUGAGAAAAAUAUUUUUUUAAGAUAUAAAGGCAUAGAGUUAAACAUAAUUGGACACAGAUAGUCCAUACAAUAUUUGCCAAAAUUUUUUUUAGUGUUCCAGAUGUUAAUGUCAUAUUUUCUAACAGUAUUGUAGUGAAUCUUCUUUUUAUUAGAGACGGAAUUGGUGUAUACUAUUUUUUAAAAGGCGACUGAUAAGUUCAUUUUUUUUUAACUGGGACAGAAUGGAUAUAAAAAAAAAUUAUUGGGACGAAACUCGGAUGUAGCCAUUAAUUGUAGUAAAUUAUAGUAAGUAUUUUGCUUUUUGACGAUUGUUGAAAACUGUACAUGCCCUGGCAUACCUCGUAUAUCAAAUAUCAACAAAGUUUUAAUACUUUUUGAUUAACCAUAUUCGGUUAUUACAACAAAUUAUCGUUAAAUUAUGUUUAUAAUACCGAUAAAUGACUAGUUUACUAGUUAUUGGUAAUUUAUUUUUAAGUUUAUUUACUAAUAAAAUAAAAUGAUAAGCUGAACAAUAAUCAUAAAUUCGCUUUAUCCAAACCAGCAAAUAAUAAUAAUUAAUAUUAUCAUGCUUACCUGUGCUACUUGUUUCUAUGUAAUUCAUGAACUCUGUACAUAUUAUAGCGUACUUGUGUAUCUACUCUGAGACAAAUUUAUGUUUUAUGUAAGCGAAAUUUCCUAGGGUGAAACAUUAAAAAAAAAAUAAUAAUUUUCUCUUAGACCUUUAAGUUAUAUCACUGUAUAGUCAACUUACAGCUAACUUACAACCUACAUCGAGGUAUAAUUUAUACAGAUUUAACGUGGCCCGAAAACAAACUUACUCAAUUUAACCUAAACCUAAUAUGAUCGUUUACGAUGAACGUAUGGUCUUAUUGGUCUUGUCAUCCACUACUGCAGAGAAGCCGCAUUGUCAGUGAUCCUUAUCAAGGGCGGCCUUGAGCUGAACGCGGGCCAGUUGCGAAGACUUAGCAGCGCUGUGGCCAGAUUGGCGCUGUUGCCGUGCAUAGCCGAAGCCGUCGCCGUGGCCGCAGUGGCCCAUUUGGUCUUGACCAAUUACUCGUGGUAUUGGGGUCUAACACUUGGGUAAGUCUUAAUGUGAUUGAGAAAUCGCACACAAAAAUCGUAGUUUUAUGAACGAAAAUUAUUAAUAAUAAAACUGUGGCCAUUUACCUACUUGGCGCCACAAUUUGUUUCAACUUGUCUAACCAAUCAGAAUAUAUACUAUAUAGGUACUACUAGGGUUUGUUGGGGCUUUAUUUUAUUUAUGAACUUUGUGAAGCCAAUAUUGUGAAGCUUCUACGCAUUCUUUCAAAACAUAUUAAACAAACGGAAGGGUCCAAGGAAAGAACAAGAAUAGUCUAUUUUUUGUUGUUUGUCACGUUAUGUUGGUCUAGGUGAGUACCUAUAUAAGGUACUGUAUCGAAUAGUAAUUAUAUAAAAUGAGGAAAACAAGAAUAUUCUAAUUAAAACCAUACAGAAUGGAAAUAUUCGUGUAAAAGGGGAAGACAUAUUGAUAAACUUUAAAAUCGAAUUUAAAACGGUUGAUUAUAAUAUGUCCGCUCUUUCUUGGGACCCUUUAAUCGUAAUUCUGUGGAAUAUAGUUUUGUAUAAUAAUAAAACAGUGCGAUAAAAAACCUCAUCGACGUAUCGAUGAUUGAAAUAUUUUUGUGGAAAAAUUGACUCACUCACAAUGUAUAUCAAUAUAUUAUAACAUCUUACGUCCGUAUAAGAUUAUUAAAAUUAUUGUUAUUGUAUAUUUCAAUAGUGGGCGAAUAACGAUAUAAUAAUAAUACCUUCGUGUUUUGAUUACAUUCCAUAAUCCAUAAUAAUAUCGUUGCGUCGAUUUAAAUUAAAUUCUCGUUACAUUUUUGAGUUUUUGGUCUCGCUGCAAUCCAAAGAUUAAAUCGCGGUAUCGUAGAAAUAUCAAGCAAUAUAUUUAGAAUCGAAUGGUGUUUGACUUAUUACUAUUAUUGUUAUUUAAAUAUAUUUUAUCAUUUCAUUUGCCAAUCAUGAAACUGCUCGAUAAUUACGAUUAACUAUGUAAUUCCAUGCUAACCUUUAGAUUUUAUAAAAUAUAUUUACAUAAUACAGGAUGAUAAAUGUACCGUAAGACACUCAUUAUCUCGGAAAUAUUUAUUUUUUUUCAAAAUUCACUUUUUAGAACAUUUAAGAAAUUAGGUGUCUAAAAUGUUACAUAACUCUAUUUUUUUGUCACCCUUAUUUCAGGAGUUAAAACCACUACCUACUUUUGAUUUUUUUUUAGCAACCUAUAAUAAAUGUUCAAUAAAUAGAUGGUGUAUUAGUUUAAAUCAGUUUUGGUGUUGACGUUUUAACCAGUUAACGAGAUAUUCCAUUGUUUAGUUUUAGCAAGGGGAAGUAAAGGCGUAUCAUUUGUGUGAAAGCACGGCGUGCGGCGUUUGAAUAUUAUUCCAUCACUUCACCCCCGCUGAAACUUAAAAGAGUGGAACGUCCACUGGUUGAUGAAAAUUAAAAAUUGAUUAAAAUUGAUUUGACCUAAUACCCCGUAUAUUAAAGGAAUUUUUAACAUAUAUUGCCAUUUGAAAAUCAAAAGCAGGUAAAAAGUGGUUCUUUAUUCUUAAAUAAGAGUUACAUAAAAAAGAAUAAUGUAACAUUUUAGAGCUACGAGGUGUGGCUAUUAAAUAACGAGACUACUUAUGAAAAAUGGUUUUAUUUUAAAAAUUAUUACAAGAAAAUUUUACGUUUAUCCGUUGCUCAUGUUUUUCGUCACACAUCGUUUUCGGCAAGAGAAAAAAACAUGUUCGUUUCUAAACGCUACAGAAAAAAUACUAAUGCACCAACAAAAACCCAAUUUUGUACUGGCAUAAUAGACACUUCCAGCUAACCAGCGCUGUAUUCGGUUUUCCCCUAACCUUUUUGGGACGCUCUCUACGCGCGUAGUCUCGUUAUUUAAUAGCCAAACCUCGUAUGUCUUAAAUUUUUUAAAAAAUUAAUUCCGAAUAAAGUUAACACUUUCCGAGAUAAUGCGUGUCUUAAUACGUUAUACUAAUUACCCUACAUAAUAAGGUAGUAUUGAAAUUUGAAUAUUAUUUUUGUUUUUUUAGUACUUAAUUAUUUUCAAGAACUUAAUGUUUAGGUAUUUCAAUUCUAAAUUUAGCGAAGAACCUACUAGUUGAGUUAUAGGUACUAAUAAGUAAUAAUAGCUGUGCUAUUGUAUAUGUGUGUUUUUUUAUAAAUAGGUAAAAAUACUCCAAUAUUUUCAUUUUGUCCCUCAAAAUAUGGAACAUUUCCAAACUUUCCAAAUAGUACUUUAUUUGAACUAUUUAAAUUUUCAACAGUAUACUCAUUGGAUAUUUUAAAAAUUGUUUGCCGCCCGAGUAUACCCCAUUCCAACGUGUAUUAUGUGAGCAGCAGGGUUUUAUUAUUUUUUAUUUUUUCAAGGUUCACAUUGUCAGCCGUUAGCCCGGCCGUACUGGUGCCAAAUCUUUUGUUUUUAAAACGGAUGGGUUACGGUGAAACAAACGGCGUCAAUACAAUGGUGAUUGCUGCGUCCAGUUUAGACGACAUCGUGGCCAUCAGUGCUUUCGGUGUAUUCCUUGGCAUGAUUUUCUCGACCGGUAAGAAAACUCCAAACGUAUAUAUUACACGAACACUCACUAUUUUCACCAAUCCUAAACUUUUGUACAUCGUACAGUAUUCCUAAUCAAGUUAAUUUACACAGCUCCCUCUAUUUUUUUACUUAUCUCUAUUUUAAGCUAAUCUAACUAAACUUUUUUUUUUUAAUAUGUCGCACUUGGGGAGAAAAUAUGUUACCAUAUAACUUUGCCCUAGGUAUCAUUUAUUGUUCCAACCAAAUACAGUUAUCCGUGAGUAGACGAUAGGAUAAUUCUCUACCGGCUGAGCCAUUACAAUAAACUGUUACAACAUAGAAGCCUUCAUCUUUCCUACUAAAGAAUAAAAGAUGACCAUCGGUCCGCAUUACAUUUAUUUAACAAAUUAUAUUUGGUGUGUUCCUCUUAAAUCUUUCGUUGAUAUUCAUCAUCCUAUUUAUUCUCGACUCGACUGGAUAGCCUGCCAUCCUCGUACUUCGUUUGAGUGUGCACAUGCUUGCUGUUCCACCAUUCUAUGUCCUUUUUUUUUAACCUAACUUAACCUCAUACGACAGUCUGAUUUUUUUUUCAUUAUUGUUUCUGCCGUACAAUUUAUAUUUUAUUUACUGUCACAAUAUAUCUAUAUUAAUAGUAUUAAUAUUAUAUUUACGUUAUUUUUUGGCAAAACGCAGGUGACAUGACGAGUAAACUCAUUCAGGGUCCCGUUGACAUUUGCAUAGGAACCGCUCUAGGACUCGUGUGGGGAUUCUUUUUGAUUUUUGUGCCACCUCCACCGUGGGCCAAAGUAUACGGCCGAAAAAAAGAUAACGAAAAUGAAACCGAUGGAAAUGAAGUAAUAAUAAUACGUAAUUUACAUAAUAUUUUUAACGUAAAAUUUAUUUGAAAAUUAUAUUUUGUUUGAUUCGUAAUAAGAAAUUAAUGUUGGUAAAUGAAUACCUAAAAAUAUUAUACGCGACGCCUAAUUGAAAUAAAUUUUUAAUCUUUUGGUAAAUAUAAAUUUUAUAGUAUUUAUCUAUAUACGUUUAGAUAAUUUGCAGGUGCAAAACUAUAAAAAUAAAUAAAUCAAAUCGUUGUAAAUAUGUAUAAGACAAUAAUAUCUAUUCUUAUUAGAGGGUAACUUAUUCAAAUAUUUAUUUAUAAGUUUGGGGUUACUGAGUACAUUAAAUAUUUUAUUCCUUAGGGUUUUAACGUUGAACAAUCUUUUCUUAGCUUUUGACUACAUUGUAUAAGGAACCUCUGUGUAUAAUGUCAAGUUUCUAGAGACACUACGAAGCUGUUUUGAUAUGCUAGUUAGACAGUCAGUCAAUUUCUUCUUUUAUUUAAUAUAUAAUAUAGGCCUUUAGAUUCAAGAAAAAACGGCUUAGUAAGGUUAAAAGGAUUUCAUAUUUCAUACGAAAAAUGGGAAAAAAUUAUGGAAAUUAUAGAAACAAAUUACAUAAGAAAAUUAUUUAGGAAAUAAAAUCAAAAAGUUAAGUUCUUCUUUCUCGAAAUUUAUUUGCACCUAUAAAGUCAUAAUUUUAGACCAUGAUGUCAAUCAUAAUUGUGACUUUUAUAACAAAGAAAUAAACUUGAAAAUAAUUAUAUAUUGUGUGUAUUAAUUUGUUUCUUAAAGAUAAAAAAUUUAGUGGUUCUUCAACGAGCGUUUCUACUGGGUGUCGGGGGAUUUCUGGCGGUAACUGGCAGUAAAUUAUACGGAUAUCCGGGGGCCGGUCCCCUGGCAUGCAUUAUAUCGUCGUUCGUAGCCGGUACCGGUUGGAAGUGGAGAGUAAAAAAACAUGAUUGUAUCAAUCCGACGACAAUUUCGUUUAACUGCAGCAACGAUGACAGGGAGGAUCAAGAAGAUCCGGUCGAAAAAGUGUUCGAGUUCAUUUGGUUUUGCCUGCAGCCGUUCCUGUUCGCGUCCAUAGGUACCGAAGUAAAAUUUGAACUUCUCAAGGGUGGUGGAAUAAUCGUCACCGGAAUAGUGAUUCUCAUAGGCGGAUUGGUCGUAAGUACCACUAUAAAUUAUAAAAAUACAAUACGAAGUACGAAUUGAAGGUUUAAAUAUAAUAUACAUUUUAAUGUAUAAUUUGAAGUGAAUUCGUAAAUAAUAUUAUUGUUGUUAACUGAUUCUUAUUUAAUAGGUAUGUUACAAAAUUAUAGGCAUACUAAUACGUACUUUCAAAUUUUUAACAAUAUAAUAUUUUAACAAGAUUAUCUUAUAUUACUAUAUUUUAAAUUGCACAGGUGCGUCUGUUAGUCACGUCUUGUUCGGUGUGGGGCACGGGUUUCAAUAGCAAAGAAGUGGCGUUUAUCAAUAUCGCGUGGCUUCCCAAAGCGACUGUACAGGUAAACAAUUAAAAUAUUGAACAUUAAAUAAAAUUUAAGUUAUACAAGUAGGUAGGUAUCUAUCCCAGUCUAUAUAAUACUUUAUAGGCUAUAUAUAUUGUAUAAUCUCUAGUUGGAAACACUCUAUAACUCUGAUGAUAUUAAAUAUAUUCGAAUUAUGCUUUUGGGUGCCUAACAAACUAGGUUAUACACUUAUUAUACUAACUAAACUAUUUUUAUGCCAUUUAAUUUCAAGCAUAAGCCAAAUAAUUUUUUUUUUUUAAAUGGAACACUCAUUUUUUCAGAUUAUUAUUAUUGCUCAUGUUUUUUUUUAUUAUUUAUUUUUAUUUCAAUUAGUUUAACUUAUUUAAAACUUUUAUAAGUUCAUUUAUUCAUUUUUACACUAACUUUACUUUUAUUUCUAGUGCUAUUUUUAGUAUUUGGGUAAGGAUAAUCUUCCCCCCCUACGAUAACUUACUUUUUCUCUCUUAAAGUUUGUCCCCCUAGAUGAAUAAAAAAACGACAUGAUUCAUUUUUUAAAUUUAAAAUUGUAUAGUUCAAGAUUACAUUCAUACACAUUAUAAAUUGUUCAAAUUGCUUUCCAUUAUGAUUUAAGCAUGUUUCUACCCUCCAAAGAAAUUUCCUACUUGUCAAAAAUAAAAUUUAUACUUCAAUAAAUUGAAUACACACCACAUUUAUUUUAUCUUUCAAUGCGUACGACUAGAAAGUGUGCAUAGACAACAGUUUUUAGAUAUCCCCCACAAACAGUAAUUUUAUAGUGUAAGAUCCAGGGAUAAAGGUGGUCAUUUAUUACUAAUUCUGGAAUUCGCUCUUGUGUACACUAACUGAAUUAUUUGAAUGAUAACUUUGAAAAUAAUUGAAUAGGAACUAAUGGAAACUAACUAUUUGAAUAAUAAACAAAAUAAUUAUGAAACAGAAAUUACCCAAUAAAAACCGAAUCGAAAUAUUAGUAUGAGUAGAGUCAUAGACUGUUUCUGACUAUCAAUUACAAACUGUAUUAUGUUUUAUCGAUCCUUUUGCUUCGUAUUGUGAAACUCGAAUGAUAUUCUACAUGACGUAAUUUUCAUUCUUAGUUUUUUUUUUUUUUAAUCGGAUAUUUAUAUUUUUCUUUAAUGUUGACUAUUCUAUAUAGUUGAUGUUUAAGCCAAUUUAAAUAAAAAAGUUGCAAGUAUCCUUAAAUAUGUAUUAAACGACAAAUUCACCACAGUUUUACCAUUAUUUCUAUGGCCGCUUACUACAAUUAUCGUACACUUUGUCGCUUACUUCAUAAUUAGUUAAUUCCACGUGUAUGCCCUUUUUCGUGGCGCAUACUGUGAACAACUUAUGUCGUUUACUACACAUGGUAUUUUUACAGAUGGUUUUUAUUAAUUAAAUUGCCACUUACAACCCAGUAUUAUUGAUUAUAUGCUAAUUAAUGGCGCCCUGUGAUGUAGCCAGAAUUUAUUGAUGUGAGAGGGUCUGGGGGGAGGGGGGUUUGGAGUAUAUUAACUUCUUAACCUUAUCUUUAUCUAAAAUAAGUAAUGGAAAUAGGUGUUACAACACUCAAUCCAGACACUUCCUUUUAUUAAUAUAAGACAACAUUCUUAUGACGACUUAUUCUUAUUUUUCCAGCUAAAAUCAAUGAAUAUUAUAUUUUCGAUAUUUUUUUUUUCUCACGUUUAGGCCACUCUUGCGCCAGUAGCUUUGGAUAUGGCAAGGAAAUUGGGCUCACAAGAAGACAAGCAAAGCGCAAGUAUUUUGUUGACAAUUUCCGUACUCUCAAUAUUGAUAACCGCUCCAAUCGGGGCGUUUGGUAUACAGUGGUUCGGUCCAAAAUUGUUGUCCAAUCGAUAA